CCCUAAAUUAAAAUGUUUUGUAAAAGGCUAUUGUUUUUACUAACUAUGCUGAUUUCGAUUAAAUCUAUAUUCUGUACAACAGCAGCGCCAUCCUGUGUUUAAUGGGUGAACUUUCAGUCAUCCUGUGAAAGCGAAUGAUUUGCGUUAUAUUUCACCUUGUGCUCAACGUCACGUAUCGCUUAAUUUGACGGUGUUUUUCCUCCACCGGCUCAGUUAAAGAGCAAGUGAAUGCCAGAGAUCACAUCAACUUCACUUUCUCCAUGAUUUACAUCAGCAUUUCCUCCAUCUCUCUGCGUGUUUGUGACUGGGGAAGAACUGUCAUGGUUCAUUGGAUGUAAGGACAUGUGUUUCCGUUAAAAAACAAGAACAAAAGCUAAAUAACACAGAAAAGAGGAAAAAGAAGGAUUCUCACUGACAAACUGUACCGGUGAUGAUGAAUGUUCCGGAGGCUUCAGGAGACCCAGAGGGAGAAGGCAGUGAUGACUUAACAGGAAGGAAAAAGUCUAGAUUAAAGUCUUUUAAGUCACGCCUGUUUGGGAAGAUAAGGAGGAAAGAGGAAGACGGUGGUAUGAAGCAGAGUCAGUCUGAAAGUGAUAUCACAUGGGGUGUGGAAGAUUCAGACUGCUCCAAAGGCAUGCUGGGAUCCCGGGCAUUUUCACAUGACAGCAUUUUUCAGGCAGAGCACAGUCAUUCAGACACUGAACCGCUAAGAAUUCUGUCUCAAGAGAACAUUCAUGGCAAAAUUCAAGUUCUUCAGAUGAAACUCCAGCAGCAGAGGAUGCAUUUAGGCCCUCCCUCCCUUCUGUUGCCUAUGAAACGUCGUGAAGACUUAGGUGGAAGUUCAGAAGAUGACGGCCUUCCUCGUAGCCCCCCUGAAGUGUCCCGUGGUGAAGGACUGUACAUCAGCAUAUCGAACAAGGCCUCUUCACAGCCUCUCUCUCCUCGUUCUAUCAGCCCAGCACCUGCACCCCUUUCCCCACUUGCCCCUGGCUCAGGGGUAGACUUCAGCACCCCUCCACAGUUCACUUCCCUCCUGGACAACUCUGCUGCCCGUCACCGUAUGUCCCUCAAACCUAAGAACCAAAGGGCCUGUGCCAAGAACAAGAGGGUAAUCACUUCAACUGGAAGCAGAGCACGAUCUGAGAGUUUGAACAAUCUGGACUGUUCAUUGACUAUGAGGGAGGAAGAGGAAGGGCUGGCUCUCGUAAAAGAGAUACCUCGAGCUCGCUCUUAUUCCUCUCAGGUCUUGCGCCCAGGGGAGAGGUUUACGGCUUCACAAAUCAAGAGUUUUCCAGUUUCACCUUUAAUGUCUCUGCAGACUGCUGGAGAUAGUAGACAAGUUUCUGCUGAGCCUGAGCUUGAGAGAAAAAUCCUGUCCACAUCACCUCCGAGCCCUAGCCUAAGAGAUAUGACUCCAGUUGAGUCACCAGUAGCCAAACUGCCAAUCCCAGUGGUGCCAAUUGAUAGAAAGGGAAAAGGAGAAGUAAGUGAGAUGCUCAAUAGCUCCAAACUUCUCAAGAACAGUCAAAGUAACCUUGUGUCAACUGUAAGCCCAACUGUAGGACCAAAUGUGAGUACCACACCAGAACCGAGUCUUGUGAAAGAUGAGAAGUCGAAUGCUAUGCUAAUACAAAACAAGAUGGACACAUGGAGCAAAUAUAGUGUUCAGAAUGCAGUAAAUAUAGAAAAUCGUCUGGCCUCUACUUAUGCUCCGGGCAACGUGUUUUGUGGAGUGAAUGUAAGACCAUCGUCUUUGAGGCGAACUGUACCAUCUACAGAUGAAAAACAAGAGUCCAAGACUCUUCAGCCAGUCAGCACAGUGUCGGCUGUUAGUCAGGAAGAUCACUCUCAAACAGAAUCCAUAAAGCGCCAGAGAACUGUGUCUGGAUCAUUCCACUUCAAUGUCUCCUCAGAUAAGAAUCAAGAGCGGCCGAGGACUGCAAGCUUCACUGGAGUAGUUGGGCAAGCUGGACUGAAAAAAGAAGCUACCGAACCUACUAAACCUUCUUUAAAUUUCAAGAUAGAGCGGCAGGUAAGUUCACAAGUUGAGAAAACAAUAAAAGACCCAUGUGCUAACUUACCACCAGUAUCAAAGAAGGAAGACAAAAUAGACUUUGAUCCAGUGAUACCAAUAAAAGAGGAGAGUCAGGACAACAGGAUACAGGAGAUUGGUGUAGAGGCUACUGAGGAAGAAGUACAGGAGUUGGCAAAAGAGGCAUUUGAGGAUGUGAUGGAAGACAUGACGCCGGGAAUAGAGAGGGAGACUACAAAUGCAUUUGGAGUGAAGCUUCGCUCUACCUCUCUUUCGCUAAAAUUUCGUUUGGACAAAGCUCAAUCAGAAGACAAGGCAAAAGGCCACAGUGUUGAAGUCAGUUCGCUGACUCCACCUCUGGCCUCACAGUCUGAUUCAACCAGCUACAUAAAAGCUGAAGAUCAACACACCAGCCCAGGGUCUAUAAGACUCCAUGCUAAACUCAAAGACCCUCAUCUCCAAACCGAUGAAUCCUCAACCUCAGUUCAGUCCUCCAGUUCACCAUCCAAGGGUUUCUGUAGAGACAAAGAGAGAGCUGGCUUUCUCAGACAUGCUGAACCUCCUCAGCCCUUACCAUCAGCCAGCAAAGACAUUAAGAUUGUACCUUCACCCUCGAAAGAAGUUACAGACCUGAAUCGAGAAGAGACUACAGCAGUGUCCUCUCAGGAGAACACACCAACAUCUACAGCUUCAGAGGUGUCCUGGAUGGAGAUGGCCAGAGAGAAGACCAGAAGUCUGCAACAGCUUUUUACCAGUAGACUGCCUGAGUUUCCUAGCUUGCAAUCACGACCAACAACCUUGACCACAACACAACCACAAAUGCAAACAUCCACUUCACAAGCCAAUCCAAGAAUCGCUCAGAACAUUACAAGCCAGCCGACAGCUACACAACCUCCUUUGAGACCUACAGAAACAAAACAACUGCCAUCUGCACAGCCAUCUGGAAGAUCCACACAAUCUACCACACAGUUCACUCCAAUGCAACCUCAGACUACAGCAUCAACAAGCCAAACUUCAGCAAAUUCAACUCAGACAACCACUAGUCAAUCUCAAAUAGAAAGUACCAGAGAAGUCCAGUUUCAGUCCAAAACUCAAAUUUGUAAUUCAACAACAAAACCAACUCAGUCUACAGUUACAUGUACAUCAAACGUACAAUCCACCACUCAAGCCGUACUCACGGCAUGUGCACAAGCAUGUGCACCACAGUCAUCACCACUGCGAGCAGCAUCACAGACCUCCACACAGGCUAUAGUGCGUCCCACACCUCCCCCAGGUUACCCACAUUUGUCGUCAAGCCCAAAGUUAACAUCCCACCUAGUCUCCCAACAGUCUGCCAAUACUGUGUCAAAGGAUCAGCCUCAGAAUGAGGGAGGAGAGCCCACCGUAAUCUCAGGGAAAGCUGACAGGGCGUAUGUGCCUCAAGGCAAGGGGACCGGGCUCGAGGAUGGCAGACCAGUGUGGGCAGCAGGAUUAGGAAACAAGACCCCGCUGGUGCAGCGCUGGGAGACUCAAACAACUGUUGCAACCAAGACGGGUGAGCAGAAAGCCACAUCAGAGUCCCGAAGCCCAUCUCAAUCAACAAUUCCUCUCAGACCGAUCUCAAAAGUCUCAGGUACAAGCACAGGAUUCGACCCAAGUAUGCCAAUGCAAGCAUCAGUCUCUUCUGUUCCCAUGAGGCAAACAGACAGAGAGGAUAAAUGGCAGCAGAAACCAGUGCCACAAUCAUCAUCACCUUCAUCGUCACCAUCAUCAUCUCCUCUGCAGUCUGUUCGUGACAGUGCCCAACCAUCCUGGAUGGAGCUGGCCAAGAGGAAAUCCAUGGCAUGGAGUGAUAAGACUAUGGACUAAAAAAAACAUUAUAAAAACAUGGAGGAAGAGUUUACAAAUGCAAGGUUGAGUCUGUGUAUACAGUUGAAAAGGAGGAUCUGAGGACAUUUUCAUACUGAAAUUGAAUCCAAAGAACUGUACUCAAGUUAUUGGUGUGUUGAUGUUAAAGCAGUGUGGUCUUGAUGAACCACUGUCGGUUUUGUAAAUUCUUGAGGAAAACUUGAACAUUCAGCAGUCAUUCAUCUUAAUACUGUUUGCCUUCUAAAACCUUCUCUUGUGAGCUGCUUGCAUUCUCUCCAUGUGAAGUAUGAAUGUAUGCACAGAAAAUAGGUACCAACAUUUUGGUAACGAAACAAAAUAAAAGGGAGAAGUAUACUGUGAGCUAUAAGCCACAUUCUCUUGCAACACUGGUUAACAGCACAACAGAACACACAGUGAAUGUAGAUCAGAGGUGGACAGAGAAAAUGAGAAAAACUAAUUCAGGCUCAGACUCAAGCAAAAGCACCCUGAGUGCUCAUGAAUAGAAAAGGAUUGUAUGUUUUAAUCACUCACGUGUGAAGACACACAUACAUGUACAACUAUAGAAUUGUCUCCCAUGUGAUAUGUUGCUCAUUGUUUCUCAGGUUUAACCAUUGUUUUCUUGUGAAAAUGUUGUUUGAGUAUUAAUUUAUUGAUUAUUUCCUUUCCAAUUACACAUUUUAUUUAUUUCCAUGAAUUCCAUCCAAUGAUUUGUAUAUGUAUUGUGUCAUCAUAUAUCACCUGUUAAUUUUCGGACACCUCUUAGAUGUCUGUUCUUUUAUGUUAAAUGUUAAAUUAUGUGGCUGUAAAGAAUAAAUCAAAUUACUUCGAGCUUGCUUUUGAAAAUAUCAACUAAACUUCUUAGGCCAAUAAAUUCAACGUAUUAAAGUGACUUGUGAUUUGUAAUGUAUCAUAAAAUCAAUAUAAACACAACAAAAUAAAUAGUUUAAAAA